AGUAAAUAAAUAAAUAAAUAACAAAAUAAUACAAGAAGCAAAAAAAGGAGAAUGUUUCUACGUUUUUAACUAUUUUGUGUAAGUUUAUAGAUAAAUGUUAUAAAAUCUAAUAUAAAAUAUAGCGAAGUAAAGUUAUCAACAAUGCCCAAAGUAGUAUCUAGAAGUAUUGCUUGUUCUGAUACAAAAGAUCAAGAGGAAUAUGGAGAUGAAAAACCCUUACAUAUUUAUUACUGUCUGUGCGGCCAAAUGACCCUUAUUUUAGAUUGUUCUAUAGAGAAGCUUCCACUGCGUAAACGCGAUGGUGCAAGAGUUCUAGAUGGAACAAAUCAUGCUCAUAAAAUAACAUGCGAUUCGGACGAGACAGUGUAUCUGAAAAGACCAGAAGGGAUUGAAAGACAAUUUAGAUUGAAAUGUAAAAAAUGUGGGUUACUGCUAUACUACAAACACGAAGCUCAGAGUCCCGUAAGUUUCAUAGUGCGGGGAUCUCUGAUUACAUCUACUAACGAAGGACCGAUUACAGAUAUCUAUAACCAAGUUGCUGUAGAGAAACCGAAGAAAAUUAUGGUCACAAAACACACUAAAAAUAUGGGAAAAUUCAGUUCAGUAACAGUCUCGACAAUUGAUGAGGAAGAGGACGAAAUUGAAGCUAGAGAAGUAGCUGAUAGUUAUGCAAACAAUGCAAGAAUUAUCGAAAAACAAUUAGAAAGAAAAGGAACAAACAAAAGGAAACAAGAACAGAAUAAGGCACAAGAAAUUAAGAAAGUUCGAGGCACAUUAAUUGAUAAAUGACUUGAUAAUAGUUGUGAUCAUUUUUAAACUUUAUAUAAAAAUAAUCUUAAUAUUUAUUAGAUUAUUAUAAGGGUGUAAAUAAAUGAAUAAAAUAUAAAAAGUAUUUAAAAUAAUUCAUUCCUGAUUUAUUAUCAAUUCUUAACAGUACUUCCAUUGCACAACAUUUAUACAAUUAUAUACAAACUCUUAAAAAUAUAGUACCGUAAGAUCGAAAAAAAAACGGCGUCCAGUUGGCUUGGAAAUGACGCGCGAUCGAUGACAUUCCCCAUACAAUUUUAUAUAUAAAAUGACAGCUUCGUUUCAUAGCCAUCGCUGACGCCAGUUUUUUUUUAAUUAUAUUCUAUUUAUUAUACACGAAAAUAUUAGGUCUAUAUUUACAAAGCAUCUUUUGCAAAGGGUCUUUAAAUUUAUUUGUUAUACUUAGGCUACGCGCUUAGUGCGCUGACAUGCAAUUUUUGGUCGGCCAAUUAUUCACGGC